GUCAUCUGAUUGGUGACUUUUGGGAAUACUAAUGUCCUAUGGCAAGAUGAAGACAGGCAGUUAAGCUGAGUGCCAAUGCUUGUAGGCCUCUUGUGUCCAUGAUGUAGAGGGGCACUCACAAGCAGGCCCUUAUCCAUCCAUUCCGUCCGUCCACUGAUAAUAUGCCUAGCAUGGAGAAGAGGAGGAGGAGUUCGCCAGAUCCAGAUCAAGAGCCCAAGGAUCUGUGUCGGCUCCUCAGUCUGAUCUCAACUCCAGCCAGCAAACAACAGCUACCGUCCUUGAGCUAUGAAUCUUGUGACACUGGUUCUCGGGGAGACAAGUGGCCACGCCCACAGCCCAAGUCAGGAUCUCAUCAGCACCAAUCUACUGAGGCAGUGGCACUGGAAACAUUCAGUCAGAGGUACCAGAAUGAGCGCCACUUCAGUGUCCACCCACAACAUGCCAGGUUUACAGAAAUUUUCUCAUCCCUCACCAAACACAGACUGUGUUGCAGUGAGUGGACAAUACGAGCUCCUCCUGAAAACAUUCUCCGUGUUUUGAUCUGCGUCCGGAUCUUGAUGCGAGACUCAACAUACCAGAAACAAUUUUUUCAGCUAGGAGGUGUCAAGCACCUGUCUGAGCACUUCAAGAAGGCCACAGACAGUUACCUGAGGUUUGGGGAUGAACCCUUCCUGCUGGAGAUACUGAAGGAGAUGACAAAUAUAUUCCAGAAGUUGUCUGCAGUGACGGAACAGAGGGAAUGGCUGGUGGCUUGUGAAGCCCAUCAGACCCUGGUUCUCCUGCUGGCUGCUAGCGAUGUGUUCGUUCUUCACUCCUCUCUGUAUGCACUCAUUGGACUUGCUCAGAGCCCCAAGCCGAGGCAGCUGAUUGGUGAACUCAGUUAUUGUAUAGAGAUACUUCUUCGCUUCAUACAGGAGUAUGAUACCUUGUCAAAAAAGCUGUCAGCUAGUCUAUUGCGGUACCUGUGUGCUGAUGCUCAAAGCAGGGACCUGGUCAGGUUGUACGAUGGGGUCCCGAUCCUGCUCAGCCAGCUGCACUCGGACAACGUGAACUUGUUAUGGCAUGUGGUGUGGUGUAUUGUCCAGCUGUGCUCGGACCCGGACACCAGCAGCGACAUCCGACAGCUGGGCGGGAUCCCUCUUCUCCUCUCUCUGUUACAUGACCGGACGUUUGUGACGGAGAGAUCGGAGGCUAGUGAUGGUGCAAUGGCAAGUGCGGGAAUACAUGGCAGGACUCCGGCCAUCUUAGAUGCUGAGGGUAUGGAGGGUUAUGGAAGGGCAAAGCGUGGUAGGACCAAGCAAGAGGAGAUCUUGUACAGGCAGUAUGAUCUCAAAUCAGCAUGCUGUGCAGCGUUGACAGAGCUGGUCCUGGAUGAUACCAACGCUCAACAGAUUGUCCAGGCUAACGGUGUCUACUCCCUCGGACUGCUCAUCCUGCCUCACGAAGCUGGACACAAGGAGUCCAAGACGGUCGAGAAAUUACAAAGAAAUGCAUUCCGUGCUCUGAGAUUCCUGUUCAGUAUGGAGAGGAAUCGUCGGCUCUUCAAGUGUCUGUUUCCGCCAAAACUAUAUGAGAUGUUUAUUGAUGUUGGACAUUACAACAAGGAUCUGUCAGCCUACAAGAAACUUGUGCAUAAGAUGAACAGUUUGCCAAAAGAUCAGAUAGAAGAGAUCCGGGAAAGUAUCUGCGAUACAAACCAGGAGCGAUCAGCAUCCAAAUAUAUCGGUGACUAUGCUGUCUUUGAGUUGCUCGGGAGUGGUGCUUUUGGAUCAGUCUUCAAGGUCAAGAAAAGGUCUGCAGGACAGACUUUCCUGGCUUUGAAGGAGCUGAAUCUGCAGCACUCAGCAUUUGGGAAGAAUGCAAAGGAAAAGGAAGAAAGUGUCGGGGAGAUUCAGAACGAGUUGAACAUCAUUCGACAGGAGCUGCGUCAUCCCAACAUUGUCAGAUACUGCAAGACCUUCGUGGAAUGUGAGCGUCUUUACAUUGUCAUGGAGCUGAUAGAGGGCGCUCCACUCGGGGAACAUUUCAACUCACUCAAGGAGAAAAAGGAAAAGUUUCAGGAGACCAGGAUUUGGAAUAUAUUCAUGCAGAUGGUGCUGGCACUGAGAUAUCUGCACAAGGAGAAGGGAAUCGUCCAUCGGGACCUCACCCCAAACAAUAUCAUGCUUGGGGAGAAUGACAAGGUCACCUUCACUGACUUUGGGUUAGCCAAACAGAAGAGAAGUGACUGCAGCAAGAUGACAUCAGUUGUAGGGACAAUAUUAUAUUCAUGCUGUAUCACAGCAUGCCCCGAGUCACGGCCAGACAUCCUGCAGCUCAGUGGGAAGCUGGUGGACAUCCUCCUGGUCAACAUGGACACCCUGAGAAUUCAGCAGAUGAGUCUGGAGAAGAAGCUGGACAGAGAGAGGAAGAGAACACAGAAGCAUUUCUUUGAAGCCAAUCGGAACAUGCAGAACUACCACAAGUUAUUCCUGGCAUCACAGGAGAGAUAUGACAAGCUCGCUAACCUGUCUGCUAGUGGUGGUGCUGCUGGCUUUAAGGAUUCUGAGAGCAGUGAUGGCGUGUUUCUCGAUGGGAUGGAGUCUCGCAAGGAGAAAGUGAGCUCCUCAUCCUCCAGUACUGAUCACCAGGACACCGAGCAGGAAAUGGCUGAGCAAGGUUGGACAAGUGAUGAUGAGAGCUGCCCCAGUAGCGGCAGUGAGAGUCGAGAGAGCAGCGCAGGUAGCACACGGUCACGGGGGCGUGUCAGCUCCCGUAAAUCAUCAUCAUCUGUGCCACACCCACCUGCCCCCAGUACACCCAAACUCUUCCGAGAUGCACGUCGUAGAGCAGCAAAACGAGAUCCAUUCUCGUUGCUUACUCUAGAAAUUCCAAACCAGUCAAAGGCAAGUCGAGAUUCUGGUCUCAGUUCCGGUGACCCAUCCCCCAAUAACAGCCAGUCUCCCAUCACUGUUCCAGUUGAACCCUCCCUUGUUGGAAGGGGGGACAACAAACCUAACUUCCGACGAUCUCAGAGCUCUAAUGACACUGUGUUAGCUCAUGUGUCUCAUAAGCUCGAAAAUCGUUCCCGAAGCGCGGCCACACUGGCAAUAUCUCCAAACCGCCUGCGGGAGAUCAGUGACCCCAUUAUACAGAUGCUGCACCAGCUUCAUAAAAUCAUCUAUGUCACUCAGAUGCCUCCAACACUAUGUCCCAACAGCAAGAGGAGAAUGAUAGAACAGUUCAAACGAGCACUCUUCUCCCCAAACAGCACUUCCAUGAAUCUCAAGAAUGAGCUCAGGAAGCUGCUGCAGGGGUCACGUGAUGUUAUAGACUUGAACCUGGGAGUGCCAGAAACCCCUAGAAAACAGAAGUUCUCCUUGUCCGAUCAGGAGAUGUUCUCCUUCAGUAUUGAAAAGCUGGCAACUCGGAGUUACAAUCCAGACUUUCAUGAUGUCGGAAUUACAUACGAACAGAUGCAAAAUAUGAUAGAUGAUACUCUAGUGGAUUGUGGGUACUACAGUGUGUCGGCAAGGCAACGGCAGAAGACACCACCCCUUUCAUCCGUCCAUGAUGUUUUCCGAAGCAGAAUGGAUUCCUUUGGGUCGUAACAUGGAACAUAUUGUUUCAUGGAGUGACCUGCAAUAAGUUUAGGCUAAAAAAUAUCAUAUUAGUCUUUGUGCUGGAAUUUUGUAGUUUAGUUACUCAAGGUGUAAUUAAGUGCUUUCCAACAGGGACACUGAGCAAAUGAUCUAAAUUACUAUUAGCCUGACUUAUUUAGACUCACAUUGAUAUGAAAUUCAGUGAGUUUAAAUUGACAAGUUAUUCAGAUAAAUUGUGAAAAAAAAAUUACUUAUAAAAUAGCUUCUCCUUGCACUUGUUCUUUCAUGCAAUACAUGCACUGUAGUUACCCAAGAACGUGCACAGCAAUAUUUGGAAGGUAUUUUGUUAAGAUGUGUUGUAACUGUUUUUUCAACACAGGCAUUAUGACUAUAAUAGACAGUAUUACCAUGGUUACUAUCUAUUGGAUACAUUCCUGGUCCCAUUGACACAAUGUGAUCAUAGGACUAUGAUGGUCCUGACUCCCAUGCUCUAAUAUAGACAAGCAAGCGUCUAGCACAGAGACUGGUUUGUGCAAGUGGUUCCUGGUAUUGUGAGUUUGUGUGACCAAGAGUAUUUGAAAUCAGUUCUUGUUAUGUGGAAUGAAGACGUAUUUUGAUCCGUGAGUGUACACUGUAUAUACAAGUAUCUCACCAUCCCUUUGAUUCGUGAAGAUCCGGGUUAGAAUUGAUCUUCAGCAACCCAUGCUUGUCAUAAGAGGUGACUAAUGGGAUUGGGUGGUCAGGGUCGCUGACUUGGCUGACA